AUGCAAGCGGGGACUCAGGUUGCGCCUGGGCGCCCGCCGCAAGUCCGAAUGGCCGGGCAGGCCUACUCACCCUAUUCAGCCCCUCAGCAGCCUGGUAGCAGACCCUGGGUCAUGCGCCCGGUCUAUGCGCCAAGGCUAUCAGCCGCCCCAGGCCAGCAAGGCCUGGGCGGCCUGGCCCAUGUUUCAGUUGCCCCCUCAGUGAAUGCGAGUCCAUAUCACUCGCGCACGAAUUCCGGACAAUAUCAUGCUCACGCACCUGCUAUGCUUCCUUCUGCGGCGGCGCCGGUGCUGCACGAGGAGCGGAAGACUUGGGCGUACCAGCCAAGCGCAGACACUGGAAAACGUGAGGCUCCGCCAUCCCAGUUAUCCAAACCGUUGCUUGGUGACCAGGAUGUGGAGACUGGGAACCAGCUGCAGGGCCUGGACGUCCGCGAGCCCAAAGCCAUUGCUUGGGCUCGCACAGCCCUGCUGCUACUGGCAGGCCUCGUGUUGUGGGUCUUCCCCGAGCGCUGGGCUUCGGUGCUGCUGCUGCUGGCUGCGUUGCUCACGGCGCCCCACUUGGGACCCAUGCUGCGGGGCGGCCCUGCGCUGCCGCACGUGGGAAUCCGGCGGCUGAUCGCCUCGUGGCUUCUGGACUUUGGCCUCGGCGUCGGUUCUGCCAUUGUUGACCAGGAAAAGGUUUGGAAGCCAAAGCUGGAGAAGGCUUUGGACGCAGAUUCAGAUCUGACGAAAGGCAUCAACAAGUAUGCCUUGCACAUCGCGGGGAAUUUAGGCCAAGCCGUGCUGGCAGAGAAAUCCAAGUGGAUCCCUCCUGUGAUCAGCACGGUCUCGGAGGUGGUGCCGCCGGCACUGUCUGCGGUCAUGGAGAGAAAGGCAGAGUGGACGCCUGCCCUCGAAGCGCUGGUGGGGGAAAUUGUGCCCACUGUCAUGAGUGGAGUAAUGAAGAACCACCAUGGCUGGUCACCCGCGCUGAUGCAGCUUGUGGGUGACGUGGUGCCCCCUGUGCUCAGCCACGUGCUGCGGAACAGGCAGUGGACGCCUGCGCUGCUGGAGUUUGUGGGUGAGGUGGUUCCUGCCAUUGUGGCAAUCGUGCUGCAGAGGCCAGAGCUGCCCCCAGCCAUCAGCGAAUUCGUCAACAACGCAGGGCCGACUCUGGCACCGGCUGUCGUGAGGUUGAUCGAUCUCAUCAUGUGUGACCCGACCCUGAUGGUGACCAUCAGGAGAAUGACAGACACCAGCAUGCGGGAUGAGCACAUGAUAGCAGGCAUCAAGGAGGUCAUUGAAGACUCCCUGAAGGACGGUGGUAUGUACCGCGCUGUCGGCAGAGGAGUUCUUGCUGCUGCUGGGCAGAGCGUGGAAGACAUGAAGACCCGUGCCAAGGGUCACUUUAGAAGCAACUGA